AUUUUAUUUAGAUUUGUACAAAUGCACGAAUACUAGUUAAAACCUUCAAAAUUAUUAAUAUUUGGCAUAUUCCUCUCAAAUAUUAAAAUUUCAUAGUCUUAAAAUCUCGUUUGAAAUCCCAAACAAAUAUACCUCAUAUUCCCCCAAACUGUCGCGUUUCCAAGGAAAUCGAAGAAGAAAAGAAAAACAAAAAUCCUGUAGAGAAAAUACACGAAUGGCCGGCAUGGAAAGACUGCACCGGAUGUUCGCCGGCGCCGGCGGUUCCCUCGGCCACCCUCCGCCGGACUCCCCUACCCUUGAUUCCUCCGAACAAGUUUACAUCUCAUCACUAGCUCUUCUCAAGAUGUUGAAACACGGUAGGGCUGGGGUACCAAUGGAAGUUAUGGGUCUGAUGCUUGGGGAGUUUGUGGACGAGUACACAGUGCGUGUGGUGGACGUUUUCGCUAUGCCACAGAGCGGUACUGGGGUCAGUGUUGAGGCAGUAGAUCAUGUUUUUCAGACUAAUAUGCUUGACAUGCUCAAGCAAACUGGCAGGCCCGAGAUGGUAGUUGGUUGGUACCACUCACAUCCAGGGUUUGGGUGCUGGCUAUCUGGUGUGGACAUCAACACCCAACAGAGUUUUGAAGCUUUGAAUCAGAGAGCGGUGGCUGUGGUCGUGGACCCCAUUCAGAGUGUCAAAGGUAAGGUGGUAAUAGAUGCCUUCCGUCUCAUUAACCCCCAGACCAUGAUGCUUGGUCAAGAGCCACGGCAGACAACUUCCAACUUGGGACAUCUUAAUAAGCCAUCUAUCCAGGCCCUGAUUCAUGGUUUAAACAGGCAUUAUUACUCCAUAGCCAUAAACUACAGGAAAAAUGAGCUGGAGGAGAAAAUGCUUCUGAACCUUCACAAGAAAAAAUGGACAGAUGGUUUGACCCUACAGAGGUUUGAUACGCACUCCAAGACCAAUGAACAGACUGUCCAGGAUAUGCUAAAUCUAGCUGUUAAGUAUAACAAAGCAGUGCAGGAGGAGGAUGAGCUACCGCCUGAAAAACUAGCGAUUGCUAAUGUGGGAAGGCAAGACGCCAAGAAACAUCUAGAAGAACACGUCUCGAACUUGAUGUCCUCAAACAUUGUUCAGACAUUGGGGACUAUGCUCGACACAGUUGUGUUCUAAGAGGUCAGGCAGAUAUUUCUCUCAAAUCAUCUGUGACCUUGGCUAUUGGAAAAACAAACACUUGUGCUUUUGAUUCGAUGACUCUUUCUUGCAUGUUUUCCAUGUGGAGAUCAUUAUUGGUAAUUUAGAUAUGUAUUUCAUGUGGAACCAUAAACCAUUAUUGUGCUUGUGGGGAUUUGAGUUGACAUCUGAUAUUUUAUUAAUUGAAAUUUAUUUUCAGUUUGUCAUUUGUAAUAUGGGGGAGAAAUAUCUGAAAGACCCACAUGUGACAUAGUACACUGUACAGCUGAGUUCAUUAAAUUGAAAUGGCUGUGCGUCAAAAAACAGCUCGGAUUUUCUUCACGUGUUCAAGUUUGGGCACGGGCCUUUGUUGUAUUUGUAAUUGUUAUUUAAUUGGCUAUUUUACA